CGUAGCAUACGUUCUUGCGACGUCCAUGGCGCACUCGCGGCUCUGAAUUAACGGCGCUGCAUUGGCUGCUGCGGCUCUCUCGUAGGCUCGCUCGUCGCUCCGAGGGAAGAGAAAGAGGAAAGGGGGAGAAAAGAGAAACCGGGAAGAAAAUUCGAGGAGUGACGAUCGACCCGCGAGGUCCGCGGGUAAAAAACCGAAUUCGGAGGAUCGCGCCCUCCCCCCCCCCCCCGCGAGACGCCGCGCCGAGGGCUCGAACGACGUUCAAAUCGUCCCGCGACGCGCCGCGCCGGUUUUCGCGCCUCCCUUCAGUGCGGUCCGGGGUGUGUGAGAGCUCGCGUGCGGAAAGGAAGAGGACAGACGGCCGGGGUCCGCUCCCUUCGUCCUCGACCGACACCACGUCGUUGAUUCCUGCGCCAGCGACCGACGGGGGACCACGGAGGGAAGAUGAUAAUCGUGAGCAGCGUGCUGCUGAUUCUGGCGGUCGUGUCGAGAGUCGGAUGUCAACGGAUUACUCCGAGAAGCGCGAGAGCCAGCAGAAAUGAGGCAGUCCUGGAAUUUGAGUGCCCCGAAGAAUUUGGAUACUAUCCCCAUCCGCGUGACUGCACGCAGUAUUAUGUGUGCGUUUUCGGCGGCGCCUUGCUGGAGUCCUGCACGGGAGGCCUCAUGUACAGCCACGACUUGCAGACAUGUGACUGGCCGCGAAACGUAGGCUGCCCGGAGGGACAUUCGUCCAACAAGGAGGCCGAGGAGGAUCCCCUUUUGGAGAGAUCCGCGAAACUCGAGACGCUCCAGGAACAGCAACAGCAACAACGGCAACAACAGCAGCAAUUACGAGAUCAGCAGCAACAGCAGCAGCAGCAACGACCGAUCCAGAGGCAGCCGAUCUCGGUUACAACCGCGUCGCCGCCGGUCUCGCAGAUCACCGAGAGGCAACUGAGACAGCGACAGCACUCGAGGACCAAUUACCAUGAGGAUGAGUACGGUCCCGCCUCGGAGGUCGAGAACGAUCGGCAGCAACGGGUGUACCGGGGACAACCUUCGACGAUCGGCCAGGUGCAGCGCGACCGCGAUGGUCUACGACGGAAUAUAAUAUCGGAGAGGGAGAAGGACAGUCUGGUAAGCGCACGUGCCCAAGCCGAAUCUCAUUACAGAACGUCUGUUCCAACCACCGAGUCGUCGAGGCUUGCUAAAACACUGGCCUCGACCGUGGCACCGGUCUUGUCCAAGGCUUAUUACAGCGAUCCAGAUCAGAGUUAUCCGUAUUACACGAUUUACGACGACGACGUUUCUAUUUAUAAAGACGAUGAUUACAAUCAAUAUACCAUCAAUCAAUCAGUGCCAGUACAACAACCAAACGUGAAAAUUAGCGAGGUGAACACGAAGCAAUAUCAGAAGCCGAAGAAGGUCGGCGUGAACGAGGCGGACAAGUAUAAUCUGAAUCACGACGUGCAAGACUACGAUAUCUACGAGAAUCAGGCGCAGCUGAACAAGAACAAGUUCCGCAUUUCCGAUGGUCAACAGUACAGGACGAACGUGCUCAGCCAUCCCGUGGUUCACGUGACGACGCCGAAUGUUAUCGUGGACACCUUUAUACCGCUGACCACGAGCACGCAGACUCCCAGCACGACCAACAGACCUUACACCGUCAACGCACCGAGCCGAGGUCGGCCGCAGCAGAUCCAUCGGGGCACGGCGCCGCCGCGAUCUCGACCCACCUUGAAGCCGUCCACCGAGAUAGUCUCGAAGGCGCAGGAGUUCGUUGACAUCUACAGGUAUCCUCCAGUGAGACCGGCGCCGAUCUAUCCGACGCCGCAGGUAGACAAACCGGCGGCCAAGUGCCGUAGGGACGUUUGUUUGCUUCCGGACUGCAGCUGCGGCGGCUCCGAUAUACCAGGUGGUAUUCCGAACGAGCAGACGCCGCAGAUAGUUCUGCUCACUUUCGACGACGCUGUAAACGACCUUAACAAACCCUUGUACAGCGAGCUGUUCGAAAACGGCCGUAAGAAUCCGAACGGCUGUCCGAUCGCGGCGACUUUUUACGUCUCGCACGAAUGGACAGACUAUAGCCAGGUGCAAAAUCUCUAUGCGGACGGCCACGAAAUGGCCUCUCACACGGUCUCGCACAGUUUCGGCGAACAAUUUUCGGCGCGAAAGUGGGCGCGAGAGGUUGCUGGGCAGCGCGAAAUUCUGGCUGCAUACGGAGGCGUCAAGCUGGAGGACGUCAGAGGAAUGAGGGCACCUUUCUUGUCGGUCGGCGGGAACAAUAUGUUCAAAAUGCUCUGGGAUACAAAUUUCACGUACGACUCCUCCAUGCCCAUCUAUGAGAACCGACCGCCCAGUUGGCCGUACACGUUGGAUUACAAGCUCUUCCACGACUGCAUGAUACCGCCCUGUCCCACGAGAUCCUAUCCAGGAUUGUGGGAAGUUCCUAUGGUAAUGUGGCAAGAUCUCAAUGGAGGUAGGUGCUCCAUGGGAGACGCCUGCAGUAAUCCACCGACUCCGGACGGCGUAUACAAGAUGCUCAUUAAGAACUUCGAGAGGCAUUAUACGACUAAUAGGGCGCCUUUCGGUCUGUUCUAUCAUGCCGCAUGGUUUACUCAACCGCAUCAUAAAGAAGGCUUUCUAUCGUUUCUUGACACCAUUGUCGCGAUGGACGACGUAUGGGUAAUUACUAAUUGGCAGGCGCUACAAUGGAUCAGGAAUCCAACGCCUCUGGCGCUCCUGCACACGUUCGAACCCUUUGGAUGCCAUUAUCCGGACCGACCUAAGAAGUGCAACAACCCGAGGGUCUGCAAUCUUUGGCACAAGAGUGGGGUGAGGUACAUGAAGACCUGCCAAGCAUGCCCGGACAUUUAUCCUUGGACAGGCAAGACCGGUAUACGUAGCAGUCGCAUCGACAACGAAGUCGACGCCCACGAAUGAGUUAUGCGGAGGGAAGUUUCAAACUUCGUUGCGAUCGGGGAGAGUCCCAUCGAACGAGCAGCGGACCCAGACAACGCGAAUAUCUAAAAGACGCGAUCGACAUGCUUAAACGAGGUCUUAAUCUUCCAGACGUGGGAGUUUCUUGGACGUCUGAGAGAAAUUCUCGAUCUCUCCUAGACGUCCGAGGAACAUCCGAAUCUAUCGGACGUGCUUUAGACGCCUUUUAAACGUAUAUUUUAGACGUAGACAUCUUUUGGACUUUCGAAUUGUUUGGGAAGCAUUGUGGUAGCGCGCGAGGGGAGACACUCUUCUGUUCGGAUAGGUAACUUCAAGUAUUACACGCGCGUGUCCGAGCGGACACAUUCGGGCCGAGUACGCCGAUGCAAGUUUUAUGAGUAGGAUCUCGCAAAGUUCCCGUUUCACGCCGGAUCAAAUUAGAAUCGCACCCCGCAGCUGUACCGGAUCUCUAAACGAAUCGAGAUAUUGUUAUAUGCGUCAACUGGCAGAUUUGUAACUGAACGGAAGUUUCAUGACUGCUCAGAGUUUGUUCCAAGAGAAAAAAAAGUAUUUAGCACGUAAGUCUACAUAUAGAUUAUUUUAUUGGUCAAUAUCUUUUCUGUAAGCGAUUAUGAGCCGGCUGGUAAAGUUGAUAUUAAUAUUGAAAAUGAAGCGGUUGGAUCGCAGAGUGAUUAGUGUAUGAGACGAAUUAGAUUAAAUUAAAUUAAAUUAAAGACAUCAUCGCGACGAGAGAAAGAGAGAAGAUCGUGUGUGUAAGGUUACGCGAAAAAUAUCUAAAGUGUAUCUACUCUUCUUUCCCUUUUCGCUUUUCUUUUGCUAUCUCCUUAUUUUUCUCUUUCGCAAAUUCUUCUUUUCUUUAUCUUUCUUUCUAUUUUUCUUCUUUUCUAUGUCCUUCUUUCUCGAAUUCGCAAACAUCCUUGGCGUACUCGGCCAAAUUCGGCCAAAUAGAGCAAUUAAUUAAAUCGCAAUACGUAAUAAUUAAUCGUCGAGAUGUAAGUGUAAACGUCGGUCGCCGGAAACAUAUUUAAGCGAAACUCGCGACGGUCGAGAUCGAGAUUCAUCAUGCGCGGUGGUCACUUUGUGAAAAAUAAGAAAAAAACUGAGAAAAUUUCACCUCGACGAAGUAUCGUGCGCACGAGGGGAUCGUCGUGUUUAUCUUCUAGAACGUAAAAAUGUAAUAUGCCUUUAAUAAAUAAAUAUUUCGCUAGAAUAUCUUUUUUUCCGUUUUUAACCAGCAUCUGUGCAGAUAUAAUCGUGGAUUACGAUAAAUUAAUAUGACACGUUAAUAAUAUG